CCACUUUUUCUGGAACAUCUGGCAACACCUUCGACAAAACGCCGCAUUUUUUUACGUAAAUUCUUAUUCAUUUCGUAAAUUCAACAAGUUAGUUAUUCAAUUACCAAAAUAACUAAAAGUAACAGCGUUGACAAACUCGAAUAACUUCGACAAACUGAAAAUGAUCUACACAACGACGCUGCUCUCGCGGGGUUCCCUAAUUGGGUCGCUAAUCAGCAAAGUCAGGCAAGUUGUAGCCAAAAAUCCAAGCACAGCACAUACAAAUCAAAUCAACAACAAUUUUACACCUACAUCGAACACAAACAGACCAUUGGCCGCAGCUAACAUUAGCAACAGUUCGGUGCAUCAAUCCAAGACGCUGGAAGAGCAGGUUGGACUCCCGCCAAGACCCAAGAAGCCGUUGACUCCCUAUUUUCGUUUCAUGCGGGAAAUGCGUCCCAAGCUGCUCGCCAAGGAUCCAAAGAUAACCACAAUUGGUAUAGUACAAGAGCUGUCCAAGCAAUGGGUCGAUGUCGAUCCCAAGCUAAAGGAGCGCCUACAGUCCGAGUACAAAAAGGAUCAGGAGACGUACAUGGAACUGCGCACCAAAUAUGAGUCGAAGCUAACAGACGAGCAACGUGCCGAAAUCAAACAGAUGAAGCAGGAUAUCAGCGAUGCCAAGGAGCGUAAACAGCUGCGCAAGCGUGUCAAAGAUCUGGGACGUCCCAAGAAACCCGCCUCUGCCUUCCUGCGCUUUGUGGCCAGCGAGCGUUUAAAUACGCCACAAACAUCACAGCAAACAUACCGUGAAUGGCAUCAAAAGGCAACAGCCAAAUGGACACGCCUCUCCGAUGAGGAGAAAGCUGUCUACUUGCAGGAAUCCCGCAAGGAACUCGAUCACUACAAAAAAGCCAUUUCUAUCUGGGAGGAGAAAAUGAUACGACUUGGCCAUAUUGAUGUUGUGCGCAGCGGCAUUCUCAUCGAUCCCCCAGAGCCAAAGGCCCGCAAGUCUCAAUCGAUCAAAGAGAAGCUAGUCUGAAAACUGCAUGCCAACAUUUUCAUAACAUUUUAUUUUCUACAACUACAACUACAAGUUUUGUUUUCUGUUUUUCUUCAUCAUUUAAAAAUUGUAAUUGUUAAGUUCAAUUCUUAAGUAAGUUACUACGGCUGAAUGAAAAUGGUGUGAAUUCUGUUAUUCUCUUUGAAGAAUGUAAAUAGCUGCAGCAUUAUGUAUUAAAUAUAAAAUAUAUAUUUAAUUUUUUGAAUUGAAA